GGAUACGUGAGAUAUAUAUUUUCAUUAAUGAUCUGCAUCGCGAACAUGAUCAUCUACGGGCUGAAAGUUAAUAUAACCGUAGCUAUCGUAGGCAUGGUUAAAUAUAAAGAUGAUAAAAAUGACGCGUCGGAAGAAUGUAAUUUUAAACCGAUAGCCCAAAUUAUCGAUAUAGAAGGUCCGUUCGAAUGGACUUCGACGCAACAAGGUUUAGUUGUUAGUUCUUAUUUCAUCGGUUAUUUAGUAGGAAUGUUUCCAUGCGGAUAUUUCGCAGAUCGUUUCAACACGAAGAACGCUCUGCUGAUCUGCGUAUUGGGAAACGCGAUUCUUACACUGGUUGUGCCAUUAGUGGCGCCCAUAUUGUGGGCAUUUUACAUUGUGAGAUUCGUGAUGGGUGUGAUGAGCGCACCAAAUCUUCCUAUCGUUGCCAUCCUGGUCGGGAAAUGGAUCGUUUACGAAGAGAAGAAUUUAUGGUUCGGUAUCAUUUAUUCCGGCAUAUCGAUCGGCACUGUGAUCUCUAUCUUGACGUCCGGAUUGAUACUCCACGCCUUCGGAUGGAAAGUGAUCUUUUACAUACAUGGCUUUCUUCCGUUAAUCUGGUGCGUUGUAUUCUACAUAUUCUUCAGCGAUAACCCCGAAACCCAAGUGUAUAUAACGAAGGAGGAAAGGGAGUACAUCACGAACUCGUACGGGCAUCGUGGCCUUGAAUCGGUGAAGAUGAAGGUACCAUGGAAAUCCAUUUUCACGUCGGUCCCGUUUAUAGCCCUGAUUUUCACCAAUUUAUUCGGAAACUUUGCUUGGUACUUCUUGCUCACGCAGCUACCCUUGUACAUGAACAAGAUUCUGAGAUUCGACAUUCAGUCUGUGAGUCUGUCAUUCAAUUUUUAAAAA